AUGUCUGUCCGUCCUAUGAAUAUUGCUGUCCUUGACACCGACAUUCCUUGCUACCCUGUCUACGCCAAAAGAGGAUUGUACAGCUCACAAUUCAACGUUCUUCUCACUGCCGCCGCAAAUCGCAUCAAUGCAAGCGAAUACCACAAGCGCAGAAGGCCUUUAAGUGUCCAUAUCACUGCAUUCGACGUUGUGGGCGGGUCAUUCCCACAUCUCGAGUCUUUACGAGUCAGCCCUUGGUCACCAACAGAAAAUAAACCCCCUGGCUUCCCAGGUCCUGUCGACGCAAUUCUGGUCACUGGAGCCGCAGCAGCAGUAUAUGACGAAUUACACUGGAUUCCGGCCUUGCAAUCUUUUAUUGCGAGGGUAUACGCCGACUAUCCUAUGGUCAAAAUCUUCGGAUCUUGCUUUGGGCAUCAACUUAUAGGCCAAGCCCUCCUCGCAAGUGACAAAAGCUACACGUCCCAAGAAUCGUCAUUUGAGAUAUCCGUCGAAGCUUCAUCUGAUGGUCACGAAAUUGGCAUACACCCUAUCAUCUUGAACCCGGCUUUUGCCUCCAACUUCCCACCUCUAGCUCGGUUCACUCCAGAACAGCCGUUCCAUAUUCAGGUCAUCCACGGCGAUGCCGUUAUGUCUUCACCAGAAGCCACACUAGUUUCCCGGGGAAAGGGAACGAUGUUGCCUGAACCGUGGCUCAAUAUCGGAAGCAGCCUCAAAUGUCCAAUUCAGGGCCUUUACAAACCCGGCCACGUUCUUACAUUACAAGGUCAUUUUGAAUUCGAUGCGUUUGCAGCUGCUGAGCUCUGUCAUAAAUUUGCCAACGAAUUUAACUGGCCUGCAGAUUUGCAUGCCUCGUAUCUAGAAAACAUCAGGCGUUCUGUGGUGCCUGGUAAAGAUGAUGACGACGACUCCAAGGUCGCGGCGGAGGCAGUCCUUUUGUUUUUCGCGGGGGAAGACUGA